ACAAAUUGCCGCUCAACCUGGUUGUUUCACUACCACACAUAAAUCUUCUUCUUUUUCUUCUUAUAUUUCUCUUCUUGUUUUGGGAGCUUCCCCACUUUCACCAAUUGCCAUAUAAAAAAUUAUACCCAUUACUUGGUUUCAAAGACCAACAACGUUUGCAGCAUAAGAGCCCCAUAUUUACCUUCACUACUCGUUUUGUCAAUUAGGAUACCAGAUUCUAGUAAUAAUCAAAGCCUAAUCAAAUUCCUGCAAAGAACCCAUUUCUUGAUUUUGAUUUUUCUCCAUAACCCAAAGUCAUUAGCAAUCAAAUACUAGACUACCAUCAGCUACAGAGAAAACCCAUUUCUUGAAUUGAUUCAGAUAGUCAAUUCUUCAUGGCUUUGCAAGUAACCGGUGCAAGUUUUUCUCUGUUAAAGAAUAGUAGAAGAACUCGUAGAAGUAUAAGAGCUGUUGCUUCUGAAGAGUCUGUUACUAUUCAAACAGGAGGAGAAGAUAAGGUGAAAUUGGGUGGUUCUGAUUUAAAAGUUACAAAGCUUGGGAUUGGAGCUUGGUCAUGGGGUGACACCAGCUACUGGAACAACUUUGAAUGGGAUGAUAGGAAACUGAAAGCUGCAAAAACUGCUUUUGAUGCUAGUGUUGACUCUGGUAUAACAUUCUUUGAUACUGCUGAGGUUUAUGGCUCAAAGUUCUCCUUUGGCGCAGUCAACUCCGAAACUCUACUCGGAAGAUUUAUCAAGGAAAGGAAGCAAAAAGAUCCAGGAGUGGAGGUAGCUGUUGCAACCAAGUUUGCAGCAUUACCUUGGAGGCUUGGUCGGGGGAGUGUCAUCUCAGCGCUUAAGGAUUCUCUUGAUCGGCUCAAUCUAUCUUCAGUCGAACUUUACCAGCUUCAUUGGCCUGGAUUAUGGGGAAAUGAAGAUUAUAUUAACGGGCUUGCUGAUGCCGUUGAACAAGGCCUUGUAAAGGCUGUAGGUGUCUCCAAUUACAGUGAAAAACGUCUAAGGGCUGCUUACAAGCAGCUUAAAAGCAGGGGGAUUCCUUUAGCUUCUAACCAAGUGAACUACAGCCUUAUAUACAGAAUUCCAGAGGAGAAUGGUGUGAAAGCUACUUGUGAUGAGCUUGGGAUCACAUUGAUUGCAUAUUCUCCUAUUGCGCAAGGUGCUCUUACAGGAAAAUAUACACCAGCAAAUCCGCCAACAGGCCCUCGAGGCCGUAUAUAUACUCCAGAAUUCCUCACAGAGCUCCAACCUCUUGUGAACAGAAUAAAGGAUAUAGGACAAAGCUACAACAAAACUCCUACACAGGUUGUUCUUAACUGGCUAGUUUCCCAAGAAAAUGUUGUGCCAAUUCCAGGAGCUAAAAAUGCAGAACAAGCCAAAGAAUUUGCAGGCGCAAUCGGAUGGAAACUGACUAAUGAUGAAAUCGCAGAGCUGCGAAGUUUGGCAUCAAAAACAAAACCUGUUAUAGGUUUUCCAGUCGAAAAGUUGUAAAUCUGUAGACCAAACCACUUUGUAAUGAUGUUGAUCAUGUUACUCACCAUACAAGGUUUAUAAACACAAUACAUAUAAUGAAACAUUUUCUCCACAA